AUGAUGGACACUCCAUCCAAAGCACAAGAAGGAAGAGUAGUGGUUACAGCCUUUAUGUUUGAAAGUGCCAUAAUUGUCAUGCGAAACAUGCUAGUAAUAAUUCUCUUUGCACGGGAAAAGAAGCUUCGCAAGAAAAGUUUGUUCCUAGUAAUGAAUAUGGCCGUCGCUGAUACGGUGUUAGGAGCCGUGGCCUUGCCUUUGCAUGUUUAUUUGACUGUAGGGCCAGAACAUGAGUUUAUUUUUCAUUUUCUUGACACCACCUUUUCACAGUCCUCGCUAAUUUCAGCAGGUUUUAUAUCCUGUGAAAGAUUUUACGCCGUCUUUUGGCCACAAACCGCUGUCAAUGCGAACAUAUGGUAUUGUUAUUUUUACGGUCUGGUUAUUAGCUAUUCUUGUCUUAAUAAUAGCCGUUCUCUUUUAUAA